GUAGUCUUUUAUUUUCUCGGUUUUCAUCACGGCGGAAGGCCACCAAGCGAGUUUUGUUCUUGUUUGAGCACUGGUAUCCAGUGUCAGACAGACAAAACAUCUAGUGGGGCUGUUUGCUAAUGUUACAGUGGUUGCUUUGAGCUAUGCAAGCAUAGGACGCCAAUUGUUUUCUGCUGCGGACUAACUCGGACUGGGGACAGUCAGCUGAAUAUCCUCUCCCAUCCCCCUUACCCCCUCUGUCAGAGCAUGGCUCAGGAGACCAAUCAGACGCAGGUGCCAAUGCUUUGCACUAUGGGAUGUGGUUUCUAUGGUAACCCCCGCACCAACGGCAUGUGCUCCGUCUGCUACAAGGAACACCUGCAGAGACAACAGGGAGGGGGACGAUCCAGCCCCCCAGGAGAGAAAGCUGCUACAUCACCAGUAGGAUCACCAGGGUCGGCUAGUGUGACCGUGGAGAGUGCACCUUCAGAACCCAGUACAGAGGUGGCAGGGACUCCACCUGAGGAACAGACAGCCAGUCCCAGCUCUCCCAGUCCAGUAACCCAACAGAUGACAGCUAUGAGCAUCUCCCAGGAUUCAGGAGCUGUAGACUCUGAUCGAGCGGAGGCUGAUGAGGGAGAAGAGGAGGGUACUUCCAACAGCUCAGAACCAGUGGGAGAAGGAGCACAGGCUUUGUCUGAUAAUGACCAAACUCCAGAUAAAAACAAGAAAAAGAAUCGCUGCUUUUCUUGCCGGAAGAAAGUGGGCCUUACUGGCUUUGACUGUCGCUGUGGCAACCUGUUCUGUGCCAUUCACCGUUACUCUGACAAACACGACUGUCCCUAUGAUUACCGGAGUGCAGCUGCUGCCCGCAUACGCAAGGAGAACCCCAUCGUGGUGGCUGAGAAAAUUCAGAAGUUAUGAGGACUGAGUGCAAAAAAACAAAAGUCUCUGACUUUGUGAAUUUGAACAAUGGCAACUUGGAUGAAAACACCUGAUAUCAUGGCUUCAUUUGUUCAUGGUAGUCUAAGACGGGUGGGGUGGGGGUGGUGUGGUCGCAGCCACUGUCCAGACGCUUCCGUUACUAGCUUCUCCCUCUCUCUCCACUAGUGACUGCAGCUGAACCUGAGUGUUUCUGUGUGUGCACGUGUGUGUUUGUAUGAAAGUGUGUGUGUGUGUGUACAUUUGCUUGAGAGUCGGGGAGAGAGCUGUAGGAGCUUUGUGGACAUUAGUGUUGCCGUGGGGAGGGAAGGCUUUUGAUUUUUACCCCUUUUUGUUUCUCAACUUGGGGGAUCGUGUGAGUUUAUUUUUAUACAAUCCCUGUAAGGUAGUUGAAAUGAGACUGGGGUAAGCUGUCGAGGAAUGUGACACAAUAAUGACAAAGAGCUCAAUUAAUUACCUAACUGGGAGAUUUCAUGUUUCAGCAAGACCUUUAAAGGGCUUUGGAAUUUAAUUUUUGCUCCCAGGCUGAAAAUGAUGUCAACUUCUUGUCAAAUUGGCUUUUCUUUCUUUUUUUUUUAAUCCCACCUCUUUAUUCUAUGGGUCACCACAUGUUGAACUCUCAAGUCUCAGCAUUUUCCAGAAAUGUUUCUCUUUGAUAUAUUGACUUAUCAUACUGAUAUUGGGUGCAUGAACAGUUAAUGGAGAGGGAAGGUAGGGGAGGGCAAGGGUAGGGGAAACUGAGAACCUUGACUUAACUGAGUGAUUGAAUUCUGUGUUUUUCUUUUAUUUCAUUUUUUUUUUGUUUUAAUGAGCGUAUGACAUCAGAAGAUCUAUAUUAAUAUAUUGUAGUUAGCUUGAAUUGUGUGAUUGCAUUCUAUUUAUUUUUUAUCGUUUGGUUGGUCUGUGCUGGAGGAUUGGCGGCAUGUGUCAGCAAAUCGCUAAGAUUUGCACUUAACCUUUUCAAUUAUAUUUAAGUAAUUCCAUCUUGAUUAUAUAACCAUUUAAUAAAAAAAAUACACAAGCUCUGA